AUGACCCUCGAGCCGAUGGCCCUACCCAUGGCGCAGCUCCAUCGACUGCCGCCGUGGCGCGAGCUCGGUGACCGACUCAUCGACGACGACCCCGCGCUCGCACUCGCGCUCUUCCGCGUCUGCUUCUACACGCACCAUGUGCACCACGGACCCACCGCCGUCGACACACUGGACGCGCAGGUGGCUGUCGGCGAGUGUCUGAGCAAGCUGCAUGCCUACGACGCCGCGUACGACUGGCUCCACGACGCCAUGGAGCGCUUUGACGCAGCCGAGGUAGACGACACGGCCAAGAUGCACGACUGCAUGGCGACGCUGGGGCACGUGCUCUUGCAGCGCCAGGCUUUGCCGCAAGCGCGCUCGUUGCUGGAGCGUGUCGCGCUUCUGGACGAGCUCGAGGCGGGGCCGUCAGCGUUUGUGACGCUCGAGUCGCUGCUGGAGGUGGCGACCGUGUACCGGUACAUGGGCAAGUUCGAGGCGGCGAUGAACGUUGUCGUGUCGGUCGUGGCGACGGCCGAGAAGAGCUUUGAAGCGACGCGCGACGACGUGUGGGAAGACAUGCUGCACAACGGUUGGCUCGAGCUUGGCGUGCUGCACUGCUGCCUCUCGAGCAUCGAGAGUGGCUGCAAUUACAUCUUUGCUGCCUUCCAGGCGUCUUUGGAGCUCUGGGGGCCGCAGCACGACCGGCCUUGGACUGCUUUCGCCGCAUGGUGCUACUUUUCGGCGCGGCACCACCGCUUUGACGAUUGCGGGGAGGCGCGGAAGCUCGUCGCUGGCGUUUCGGAAUUGCCAGCAGCGAUUUGCGACUGGCCAUCGCGAGUGUGUGCGACGUGUGCUCACCGUAUCGCUGGCCCCGUGUACAGCACGACCUCCGAUGUGGCGUGGACGUACCUACGUUGUGGAUCGUGCGUCGCCACCCAUGUGCAUGUUGCGCCGUCGACGAUGCAUCUGCCGCCGCGCAGUGUCAGCGCCGUUGUGUCCCUCGUCUUGUAG